AUGGAAUCUAUUUCCGCAACCAGUUACACCACCAGCCGCGUGUACACUACGUCCUCGUUAUCGGGUGCCUCGGGAAGCUCAGCAGCCGCCACCGCCGCUGCCACCGCGUCGUUACACUCGUCGCAUCACCUCGUGCCGUCGGAAUCCAAGAUUCUCCGACUACCUCUCGCACUGGCCUCGCCAGCGUGCCGCGCCUAUCGUCGCGGCUUUCGCAAUCCGUCGCACGGCGGCGCCAACGAAACCCUAGGCGAUCGCCGGAGUCUCGUCGUCAGCGCCGGCAGUCGUCGGAGCAGGGGGUGGGACGACGCGGGCGAAGAAUCGAGGAGGAGCGACGAGGUUCAACGCAUGCUGGUGGAUAUAGUGCGGCUCCAGAUGGGCGAGGUGCGGAUGAACUCGCUGGUGGAGGAGCGCUCGGCGCGCUUGAGGAGAAUCGCGCGCGAUAGCCACGAGCAGCUGGAUCGCAUCGCCGAUCGCACCAUGAAAGGCGUCGACGAUCUGAGCGACAGGGUGCUGCGUCAGCUGGACGCGGGGGCAUACGCCAUCGAGAGAGACUUGGAGAAAGCACGCCAGGAAAUGGAGGCCCAGCAGAAGGACUUUGAGGAGUUUGAGCGACGCGUAUACUCCUCACGCAACGAGGGGCUCUUCUUUAAAAACCUCUACUCCCCCUCCUCCUCCUCCUCGCUCUCCUCCCGCCGCCGCCGACCCCUCAGUCGCCGCCCAUCCCCCUCCUCCUCCUCCUCCGCGCCUCCGUCCUCCCCUGCGUUUCGCCAGUCCCGCGCGGCCAAGUCCCGAACUGCUGCUGCAGCAACAGCCAUGUCUGCAACUGCUGCAGAGGCUUCUCUCUUUGAGAACUCUCCAACAGCGAGCAAGAUCAGCAGCGGCAGUGGCAGCAGUAGUGGCGGCGGUGGUGGUGCUGGGGGUGAGCGAUCUAAUGGAAUCCUUAUCUCCGACAGGAUUAACACACAGGAUGGGGAUGAGGGAUUGUGGGAUGAUGGUUGUGACGGCGAGAUGGAACAGGAGGGGCGGGCGAGUGGAGAGGGGACGGACGGAGGGGUAUCCAUGUACAGACGGAUUCUCCAUGCUGGCCUCUCGCUCGUGCUAGUGUCCUUCCUCUGGAGCUCCACAACUGCAUUCGUAAGCGGCCACACAAUGCGGUUCUCCAAGGUAGCUGCUUAUACUGCUAUCCUCUCAGCCAUGCUGCUGCAACUGAAGUUCGAAAAAGAAAUAACCGGGGAGGAUGAUGGUGAAGAAAGUGAUCGGGAGGAGAUGGCUGAGGCUGAUUCUCCAUCCGCAUCUGCUCCCCCACUAAAGGACCUGCAUUGA